AUGCUUAUCAUUAAUUUCAGAUCUAAACUUAUUCAGUGGGACGUAUCUUGGGUAUUUCCACAGGCUGGAGUUUCACUUAAAGAAGAAAGAAUGUCUGAAGACUUGACCAUAAUGGAAGCAUUUCAAAGUAUAUUCAACACAAGUAAAGCUGCAUCGUUGUUUUUAUAUAAGCUCAAUCAAUAUCGAAAUGCAGAUCCAAAGAAGCUGUGCUUUUUAAUGAAAGCAGAAAUGUAUCCCUCAAAAGAUAUGCAUUAUUACACAUUACAAGCGGACAAAACGUUUCUUGAUAAUUUAUAUGGAAAGACCCUUCUGGAGCAUCCAAUUAUUCACGUUAUUUUUGCUGAAGAAAAAUCAUCUUAUUUGUUUCUUAUCAAUGACAAUUCAGAAACAGCAAAAGACAAAUUAGAAGAGACAGGAAGUUGAAACUAGGGUCAGAGUUUAUGUAAAUAAAGAGUUUAGGAAAUUAUAUUUUGUUUGGUCACACAUGGGGGAAAGUUUGUGAUGAUAAAAUCAGUUUUGUUUCUGAGACC